AUGUCUCCAGUUGGAAAUGGAUCAGAGUAUUUGGCGGUGUCCAAGUAUGAUGAAGCGAUGGACGCUUUGUCUUCACUGAUAACAAAACGGAGUCGAGCCGAUAAGAAAAACAAAGGCGAUCGUUUUGACUUGUUGUUUGAUUAUCUGAAGAUAUUGGAACUAGAGGAGCAGAUACAAGAGAUGAAGGUUAUUCACGUUGCCGGAACCAAAGGAAAGGGGUCAACUUGCACUUUCGCAGAAUCUAUUCUGCGCAAUUGUGGUUUCCGUACGGGACUGUUCACUUCCCCUCACCUCAUUGAUGUUCGAGAAAGAUUUAGGUUGGACGGUUUAGAUAUUUCUGAAGAGAAGUUUUUGGCAUACUUCUGGUGGUGUUGGGAUCGACUGAAGGGAGGAGCUUCUGAUGAGAUACCCAUGCCAACAUAUUUUCGUUUCCUUGCCUUGCUUGCCUUCAAGAUUUUUUCAGCUGAACAGGUAGAUGUUGUCAUUUUGGAAGUUGGUUUAGGAGGAAAAUUUGAUGCUACAAAUGUGGUUGAGAAACCAAUUGUUUGUGGUAUAGCUUCUCUCGGGUAUGACCACAUGGAAAUUCUUGGUAAUACACUUGGACAAAUUGCUGGAGAAAAGGCUGGGAUUUUUAAGAGUGGUGUUCCAGCCUUUACUGUACCACAGCCAGAUGAAGCCAUGGCAGUUCUAGAACAGAAGGCUUCACAGAUGGAUGUAAAUCUUCAAGUGGUUGCUCCUUUGGAUCCUAGCCUGCUAAGCGGUCUGCAUCUUGGGCUUGAGGGUGAGCACCAAUAUAUUAAUGCGGGCCUUGCAAUUGCACUCUGCUCAACUUGGCUUCAUAGAUCUGGUCAUGUUGGAGUUAAUUACCUAAACCAGACUACCUCUCUGCCUAAAGAAUUUAUCAGGGGAUUAGCUACUGCUUCUUUGCAAGGGCGUGCUCAAAUUGUCUCCGAUCAGUUCGUUGAGAGUGACAGCCCAGGUGAUCUUGUAUUCUACCUGGAUGGUGCCCAUAGUCCAGAGAGCAUGGAGGUAUGUGCAAAAUGGUUUUGCCUUGCGACCAAGGAAGAUAAUAAAUCUUCUGACUCACAGAGAGCACAUGAAUCAGGACAGAGCGGGCCUCUCAGAAAACAUUCAACUCAGAUAUUGUUGUUCAAUUGUAUGUCAGUGAGGGACCCUCAAUUGCUUCUUCCACGCCUAAUGAGAGCAUGUGCCAGUCAUGGAGUCUACUUUGAAAAGGCCUUAUUUGUUCCAAACACAUCAGUGUAUUACAAGGUGGGUAAUGUUGCCUCACCCUCAGCUGAUACCCAAGUUGACGUGUCAUGGCAGAUCUCUCUUCAGAAAUUAUGGGAAAGCCUCAUUCAUGGUGAAAAAGAACGAGAAGUGAAAAAUGCAGAGUUAACCUGUGAAGCAAUUGUCGAUGAUCCAGAGAAAUGCGCUACUAAUUCCGAGAACAGUACAGUUUUCACUUCACUCCCUCUAGCUAUUAAUUGGCUUAGGGACAAUGCUCGCAAAAAUCAAUCUGUUCACUUUCAGGUCUUAGUGACAGGUUCGUUGCAUCUAGUCGGUGAUGUAUUGCGACUAAUCAAGAAGUAA